UCAGGACGAAGUCCAGCGAAACCAUUUGGUGCUACAACAGAUCUCCUACUCCUUCCUUUCUUUCUCAUGCAGCCCCAAUCCACUUGCGGCCAGACUGUGUAGGCAGACGUAGGACGCUGUCUCCUAUUAACUGCCUCGAUUUCUCCUUUGCAUCUUGUCCGUAUCUAUAGAAGGAAAAACUUGACUGAUUAGAAAAUCACAAUUCAGCUCGUUCAUUUUUUAGCGUUUCAUGGCCCAUGUUCACUUUUUAAAAUGUCUUUCCAUCCUCCACCUUCCACCUAUCACCCUCAUGAAGGAAAAUAAUCCCCUGGCCUUUGGUGUCAUGCAGCUGUUUAUGUGACCUUGAGGACGUCCAUAUGUCACAAUGGACAGUGAGUUAUUCCUUCACACUAAGCGUUAGCAGAUGCCAGGGUAGCCCACGGGGCUACCAGAUGAAUGAGACCCAGCCCUGCAGGUUCGUAAACAAGAUGGCCACAUAAACAUAACUGUAAAGCAAGUGCUUUUGUGGACAAGCUGUCUCUCAUGGGCCCAAACUGAAUGGUGGAAAUACACGAACUCCUCAAACUGGCUUCCAGGGCAGGCCUGUCCGUCCUCAAGGCCGCCACUAAGGCCACUGUCCAUCCAACGAAUGGAGGCCCUGAGCAGGCACCCUUCCCUGGGGACUGUCCACAGAACAAUUGCCGAGCAGAACGGUGUCCCUCUCCUCUGGUUUCUGUCUUUGGGAAUCUGGCUCCUUUUUGGGAUUCCAUCCUGUAGGUCAAAUGCUGCCGCCCUCACCAAGCAAACCGGAAACAAGCAGAGAUCUUCCCUGGAGGCUACACCAGGAAGUCGGGAAUAAAAUCCCAGCACAAUGCUCCUCACCGGGGCCACCGAUCCAACUGAAGAUGAGACGGCGGACAAGCCUCCCAGGUGUUCACUGCCAGAAUUUUAUGCAUUUCUUGAGAAUUUUAAUAAGGAGAGCAAGAAAUCGAGUCUCCGAAAAACUCACGGUAUUUCACCUAGUGAGGCACAGGAAAUGCUUACUCAAAACCUCAAUGCCAUGUCAUUCACCAGUGGAGCUGAUGUGAGGGAUGAAGACCCCCGGCCCAUUUUCACGUGCAAGGUAGUUAGAAAAGAAAAGGAGCAACCAGAAUCAAUGACCGAACUGCUGUACCGAAGCUUGUUGACCAGCUCAACCUCUCCGGGGAAGGGACUCUCCAGAUCCCAACAGAGGCUCUUGCGGCGUGGGAUUCCUCCCCCUGCGCACACUUUUCCUCAUGAGAUUCUCAUCGAUCACUCCAGCUCCUCGUCACUGUUCCCCACGCAGAAGACUCAGAGAAUUAACAUAUUACACGGGCUGGGCAUUUCCAGGAUCAUGCCAGAAAAUUUCACCUUUGAGCACAAAAUUGCUAAGUACUUCUUAGUUGAUCCAGAAAAACAAUUCAUGGAUCUAAGGGAUCUGGAGUGGCGGUAUUACAAGGGGAUCGUGAAGUGCAAGCACGGUACUUCAGAUUCAUUCAUAAAUAUAAGAUACAACAGUGAGAAGAGAUUUGUGGAGAGCCAGCAGAUGCCUGGUGUUAUUUCCCCCCCUCUAGUUUAUAGGUCUUUAGUCAUUUAUUCUCAGGUUGAUUAUCCAAAAAGUACAACUUCCUCUUAAAUAAAACAUGGAGCUUAUUGAAAUA